AUGGCAGAUCCAAAUCCACUACUCCAGCAAAGAGAGUAUGAGGCGGAGGCCCCAAAACUCGAGAAACAGCUGCCAUCCUUAGAUGACACAAUCGAACAGUGCAUCGGAAACUUCGGAUGGGGACAGUUCUUCCAAGCCACCCUUAUAUCCUUCGCCUGGUUUUUCGAUGCGCAACAAACAUUCAUCAGUGUUUUUACUGAUGCUGAGCCAAAAUGGCACUGCACAUCACCGAGCAAUUCCACAUGCAAAAAUAUCUGUGAAAUCUCUAGGGAUUCUUGGGACUGGGAUUUGCCUGCUCACACAUCCAUCAUCUCAGAGUGGUCCCUUGAGUGUGCUGGCUCGAUCAUCACUGGCCUCCCGGCAUCGUCAUUCUUUUUGGGCUGCCUUGCCGGUGGAUUCGUCCUUGCAACCCUAGCGGAUUCCUCUUUUGGCCGGAAGAACAUGCUUGUUCUAUCUUGCAUGUUCAUGUCUCUAACCGGAAUCUUUACCGCACUCUCCACCAACGUAUGGAUGUAUACCGCGUUGAGAUUUAUCAGUGGUUUUGGCAGGGCAACAAUUGGAACCUGUGCUCUUGUUCUUUCGACAGAGCUUGUUGGGAAAAAAUGGAGAGGAAAUGUUGGGAUCGUAGGAUUCAUCUAUUUUACUCUCGGGUUUCUUUCUUUACCGGGGGUGGCUUAUCUGAUCAGAGGUUUGUCAUGGAGACUUCUCUACCUGUGGACUUGCGUUCCAUCUGCAUUUUACUCAGUGUUCUUGUAUUUUCUUGUUCGUGAAUCUCCCCGAUGGCUUUACGUCAAGGGUCGAAAGGAAGAAUUUGCGGAAACACUGAGAAGCAUUGCUGCACCGGUUAACCGGAGCAGCUUAACCCAAAGCUUCUUCGGUAGGUGCGUCGAGUGGGAGGAGGAAUCUCACGAAACUAACAUGUACUCCGCAAUGAAGAUCUUGUUGCAAAAAUCUUGGGCUUUCCAGCGACUAGUGGCGAUUAUGGUGGUUGCCUUUGGAGUCGGAAUGAUCUAUUACGGCAUGCCAUUAGGCCUUGGCAACUUGGAUUUUGAUCUGUACUGGAGUGUCACAUUAAACGCAUUGUCUGAAUUUCCAGCUUCAUUUCUAACCUUCUUUCUUAUAGAAAAACUAGACCGGAAGGUUUCAGUACUGGGAUUGGCUCUAUUAAGUGGAAUUUGCAGUGUAGCAUGCGUGUUGGUUAGGUGGAAGGUGAUGCAAAUCGGACUGGAGCUGGUGUCGUUUUUCGGCGCGUGCGCUGCAUUCGACGUGGUGUUGAUUUAUAGUUUGGAGUUGUUUCCAACUUGCGUGAGGAACUCGGCGGUAUCGAUGGUGAGGCAGGCGCUGGUGUUUGGAGGUGUUUUCAGCCCGGUUCUGGUGGCUGCCGGUAGAAAGAAUGGACUGCUAUCGUAUGGAGUGUUCGGCGUAACAAUAAGCGUAUGUGGGUUUUUCGUGGCAUGCCUGCCGGAAACAAGGGGAAGAACAUCUUGCGACACCAUCGACCAAGAGGAGCGCAAGAAUGAUGCGAUCAAUAAUAGAGUCGAUAAUGUAUAA